AAAAAGCAAAUAUCCAGUGUAGAUUUGACCAAAGAUUUUUUCUUUAGCUAUACAUAUCCCAUCAUGCAAAGUUUGCAAAAGAAUGUGUUGUCAAUGGGUGAGGAAGGUAUGCCUUAUGAUAACAUAUUUGUGUGGAAUGCAUAUCUAACGCAAGCCAUUAGAUCAAGGUGCAAUAACACUAUUUGGACGAUAGCAUUAGUUCAUGGGCAUUUUAAGCAGACUAGGCUAUCCAUCUUUGGAAGGGAUUUCAGCGUUUCUCUGAUUUCUAGACGCUCGCGGCAUUUUGCGGGAACACGUUACUUGAAAAGGGGAGUAAAUGACCGAGGAAGAGUUGCGAAUGAUGUUGAAACAGAGCAAAUUGUCCUCGAUGAGGAAGCUGGGUCAUGUAAGGGAAAAAUGAGUUCUGUGGUGCAGAUGCGUGGUUCAAUUCCCCUUUUCUGGUCCCAAGAAGCUUCCAGGUUCAGUCCUAAGCCUGAUAUUAUCUUACAGAGGUUUGACCCUACAUAUCAGGCAACUAAACUGCAUUUUGAAGACCUGGCAAAGAGAUAUGGAAAUCCAAUAAUUGUUUUAAAUUUAAUCAAGACUGUUGAGAAAAGGCCGCGAGAAAUGAUGCUAAGGCGUGAGUUUGCAGAUGCAGUUGGGUAUCUUAACACAAUUAUCCCAGAAGAAAACCAAGUUCGAUUUAUACAUUGGGACUUCCAUAAGUUUGCAAAGAGCAAGUCAGCCAAUGUUUUAGCUGUUUUGGGUGGCGUGGCAAGUGAAGCACUUGACUUGACUGGUUUUUUCUAUAGUGGUAAACCAAGCAUCGUUAAGAGGAAAACCAACCAACCUAGUCGAACUGGAAGAGAUGCUUCUCUUAGAGAGUUGCGUGCCAGUUCAGGGGACCUUGCAAGGCUUGCAAGUAGUGGUGAGAAUUUAAGUUCUAUAAUUAAUCGAGAGAGAGAUACGGAUUUUGGCCAACAAAAUAAAAAAGACAACCAUGGUGGUGUAGCACCAUGUUUUCAAAGUGGAGUUCUGCGCACUAACUGCAUUGACUGCUUAGAUCGUACUAAUGUUGCCCAGUAUGCUUAUGGGCUUGCUGCUUUGGGCCGCCAACUUCAUGCAAUGGGUUUGACAGACAUGCCAAAAGUUGACCCUAAUAGCAGCAUAGCUGCAGCUCUUAUGGAUAUGUAUCAGAGCAUGGGGGAUGCUCUUGCACAACAAUAUGGUGGCUCUGCUGCUCACAAUUCUGUGUUUCCAGAGAGGCAGGGAAGGUGGAAAGCUACUACCCAAUCUAGAGAAUUUCUUAAGUCUAUCAAGCGAUACUAUAGUAAUGCCUACACCGAUGGUGAAAAGCAAGAUGCAAUAAAUUUAUUUUUGGGUUAUUUUAAACCACAGGAAGGGAAACCUGCUCUAUGGGAAUUGGAUUCUGAUUAUUAUCUUCAUGUUUCCGGGAUUGGUGAUGACGUAUUCCCUGAUAAAUGUUUGGAAGCUACUGUUAAAGCUGUAGGACAAGGAAUGAUUCUUGCCCCUGUUCCAGCAUGCAGAGAAGAUUUUUCUCGGCUGAAAUUGACUUCCUUUGAAAAAUUGAUAUCGAAAACAUGUAGCUCAAUAAAAAAUGUUAGACUUUGCAGUGAACCAGAUCAAAGACCAGGUGGUGGUGCUGGAAAUUCGGGUGUGGCACCUGAUGCAGCUGAAAUACAGUUGAAGAGUCCAAAUUGGCUCUUUGGCCAGAGAAAGCUUGAAGGAAGUGUGUCUGCUCCCAAAGUUACAUCACAUGAAAUUGUAAAUCGGGAAGUUCAUAAUGAAAUCAGAGCCAACAGUUUCUGUGACCUUAAUUGGCUUUCUUCGGUUGAUGACAUAAACGAAGAAGAUGUCUUCCAGAGGUAUCUCACAAUGACCUCUGCUGAUGAAGCCAAUGGUUGGUAUGGUGGAACACUGCUCGGUGAUCAAGAUGAAGGCAGUGAGAUAUAUAAACAUUAUACUGAACUAUGCCAGGGCCCAGCAAUGGAACCCUUCCAAAAUGAUCAUCAGAGGGAGAUGCACUAUUCUCAUGUUCUAGAAAUGAAUAGACUUGAUGUGGUAGACAAAGAUGUGGUCGAAGCAGAGAUGGAAGCAGUCCUCAGGGAGUAUGAUCAAAUUGGUGCUGAUCUUCGGAUCAUCCCGACAUCAUGUAAAUUGUUUGCUGAAGAUCCGAGUAGGUUGUCGAGAUGGAUCAUUGGGGAGGAGAAGUUGCAGAAAGUGUGAAACCAGUUUGCAGCUGUGUUUCCUGGCACUGUAUAUGUAACGUCAUUGUUAUCUUUCUGUAAUGUAAAU